AUGGCAGCGCCUAGGGCAUCUUGGGACCAUGCAUAUGAGAAAGGUCUUGUUGAUAUAAUGCUUGACCACAACAAUCCCAUUUAUCGAGGUCAAAAUGGGUGGACUGCUGAAGGGUGGACUAGAAUUACAAAUACACUCAAUCAGAAAUUUCCACUAGCUCAUUUCACCAAGCAACAAAUCCAAGAGAAGGAUAAGGAUUUAAAAGGAAAUUAUAAGGUAGUGAGAGACUCUCGGAAACAAAGUGGCACGGGAUGGGAUGAUACACUUUGCAUUAUCAUCGCUGAACCUAUAAUAUGGGAUAAACUUAUCAAGGAUAAUCUAAGGGUAAAGAAGUUCCGUUCAAAACCAUUCAUGCUCUUCAAGUCAUUGGCUACACUACAUGAAGGUGUGUUUCCUGUAUCAUGUAUUUCCGUCGACCCUACAUAUUAA